AUGUUCUUUCCUAGUCCGUGGCUCAGAGUUCCACAAGAUCCCGACGGCGAAGUAGAAUUAGACGAAUGGUCUAGCUUUUUGCAUAGUCUUCAGGUUAAAAGACCUCAGGCUCCACAAUGGCUAGAUUCAAGACUACCAGAUUGGCUCCGAUUGCCAUCUAAAAAGCAUCUCCUAUUCUUUUUUAUCCCAUUAGCCACUUACGGUAUUGGUUGGUGGCACGGCGGGAAGUCCCAGCUUCCCGGGGUACAGGAUCAACAAGGCGACUAUUAUUUCCACCCACCGAUACCGAUGAGCGAACUGGCAAAUCCUCCUAUUCCAUACUCCUACAACAUAGCACCUAAUGCAAAAAAUUAUUCGGCACCGGUAAAAAUGCCAGUCACGCCGCUUUUCAUCCCGUUUACCAAAAAUCACAAGAUGUUAGAGCAAACGGUGCUGUCAUACAUCGCUGUUGGUUGGCCGCGUUCCGAUAUUGUGGUAAUCGACAACACUGGUACGAUGGAUGCUAAUGCGAAGGGCUUCCUCUCUCCAAACAAUUUAUUCUACUUAAACUAUGAUCUCUUAAGAAAAAGAUACGGAGUGUCGAUUCUUCGAACCCCAACGCUGUUGAAUUUUUCGCAGUUACAGAAUUUCAUGAUAUCAGCAGCAAUGAGUAGAGGAUGGGCGUACUUUUUCUGGAGCCACCAAGAUGUGAUUGUGGUGAGCCGUGAGGGAAAUGAUCCUUUUAAAGGAUUCUACGAUAACAUUUUAGAAAGCUUAACACGGCUGAAAGCGACGAUGGGACCAGAGGCCGGAGAAGACAGAUGGGUGAUUGCGUUCUAUAGUUAUGACUGGCUAACUGUAGUUAAUGUUAGUCCCCUGGCUCUUGUCGGACAGUGGGAUGUCUUUAUCCCAUACUAUGCCACGGAUUGCGAUUGGUAUCACAGAGCCCACAUGGCCGGAUUAAAACUGCUUGUAGAGGAUGUGGGAUUGAUAUUUGACAUGAGCGCAAGCCUUGUUGAGCCGGAGAAGCUGCUAUUUGGGGAUGGAGGAGACGGAAUUCAACCUAAUUCGACGAAAUUUCAAGAGUUGAUUGUGGCAUUGGAAGCUAAGGGAAGAGUGGGGACCGGCCCUGACCCGCCUGACUAUCCAGACAGAUUUUUUUGGCAGACUGAAAUAAUGGGUGGAUGGGGCGAGCCGUGGACGUAUAACCCUGAUGGCCUUACGCGUGCUUAUAAAGCAAUGGGCAGUGCCGGGAGGAUCAUUUUCUCAGCGAAAUGGGGUCUUCCAGAAGCAAGCUGCGAACUUUUCAGGGAGAAGAUAAAGGCCCAGAGAGAGGCAUGGUCAUUCCCGUAG